GACUGUCAAUGUGACUGAGGUAAUCGGCCCAAAAAUGAACAUUCAAUUUGAAGAGAGGAAAUGAUUUUACCAGAAGAUCUUUUUCAACAAGCAUUGAAAAAUACAAAGAUUCUGAGUGGUAUUCCCAACAGUAGCUGUUUGUUUUGAACAUCCGUUUCAUUUAUUAAAGGUGGCCUGUUCCACGAGCUUUCCUUUUGUCUGGGAUCAUCAUGACUACGUCAGCUAUUAGAAGACAAAUGAAAAACAUUGUAAACAACUAUUCUGAAGCUGAAAUUAAAGUACGUGAGGCAACCUCCAAUGACCCUUGGGGACCUUCUAGUUCCUUAAUGACUGAAAUUGCAGACCUAACGUAUAAUGUAGUAGCAUUCUCUGAAAUAAUGAGUAUGAUAUGGAAACGUCUCAAUGACCAUGGCAAAAAUUGGCGACAUGUUUACAAAGCUCUUACACUGUUAGACUAUAUGAUAAAAACUGGAUCAGAAAGAGUUGCACAACAGUGUAAGGAAAACAUAUUUGCAAUUCAAACUCUGAAAGACUUCCAGUAUAUUGAUAGAGAUGGCAAAGAUCAAGGCAUAAAUGUGCGAGAGAAAUCAAAGCAACUUGUCACUUUGUUGAAGGAUGAUGAACGGCUGAAGUCUGAGAGAGUCCAGGCACUUAAGACAAAAGAGCGUAUGGCUCAAGUAGCCACAGGAGUAGGAAGCAAUAAUCAAAUUACUUUUGGUCGUGGGUCUAGCCAACCUAAUCUGUCCACAAGCUAUUCAGAACAUGAGUAUGGAAAGUCGGGAGGGUCGCCUGCAUCGUAUCAUGGUU